AAUGCCCGAUGCGUUUGAAUCGGGGUGUGUCGGGAGAGGACGGGCAGGAUGGUGUGGAGUGUGGCCCCAGAGUGACGCUGUGUCUGUGGAGCUCUGCCCUCCUGAUGCGCGGGACUGAGCCCUCCCGCCGCUCUGAGCCCACGGGGCUCACAGGACCAGCCGGCUGCCGCCUCCCUCGGGGUCCGCGCGGGCUCCAAACCGCCCGGGUUUCAGGUGUGAGGAGCCCUGAGACGGAGCCUGGUCCACGACCCCUCUGCCCUCCUUCCACAUGGUUGUCGACCCGUCCUCGCCACAGGCUGAACGGGCCUCCUCUCCUCCUGACCCCUGCAGGCCCUGAGCUCUGGGGCGCCCCGAGGACCGGCUGCGGGGCCCCUCCCCGGGCCGUGGCCAGUGGUGAGGGGGCCGUGGCUGGGAGCAGCAGGAGCAGCCUCAGGCCCCGGCGUGGUGUCUGUGACGGAGCCGGCUCAGAGCAGCAGGACCUAGUGAGUCACGAGCAACACUCUAAAGGCUCCUAGAGAUUUGGGGGACCAGGGGUCCGAUGGGGAGCGGGUCCUGAUGUCACACAGGUGGGCUAGGGAGCCGGCAGAACGAAACCAGACAGGCCCAAGCACAAAGGGGAAAGUCAUGGCAACCUCGGGAUGGGGCAGCUUCAGGCACAGCUUGAUCCAGUAGCUCAAGGCCUGGCGGCAGGGCCUGACCUCUCAGGAUUCCUGUGCCCACAUCCCCCCCCCCCGCCCAGGCCAGCAUCUCCUCUGUGUGACCUCCACUGAAACGCAUUCUGUCCUCUCAGCAGAUCCAGCCGCCUGCCACCCCCGAAUUCAUCCCCCUGGCCAUGGGAUGGAAUGUUCCGGGGGGGAAAGGGCCGGAGUGACAUGCCCUCACCUGGGGCUGGGGGCAGAGUCGGCCCCGCCAGACCACAGGGCCAGAGUAGGGGCGAGGGCCCCCAGGUAAACCAGCUGCUGUUCCCUGAAGAGGAAGGACCCGCCUCGCUUGGCUGCCCUCCAGGACCCCCGUGGAGCCGUCACACCGGGUGUCCACAUUCCUCUUGGGGACACGGGGCUGCCACCCCCCAGGCCCAGGACGCCCGCAAGCUUUCCCUCCUUGGGAGCCCGCAGGUUCCAAGUGGACCUGAUUCCAGGAGAAGGGUGCAAGGACCCCUGCCCCGGGAGGAGGGCUGAGCUCACCUCACGCACCCGCAAGGUCGCCGUCCCGCCACGUCCUGGGCUGCCCGUCCCUUCUGUCCAGGUCACCCUGGGCUGGCCUCUGAGUGACUGCUGAGCUCACCAGGAGCAGCAGGACAGGCACAGCCCAAGGACGCUUGCUAAUGAGCGAGACUGGUGGUGAUUAGGGGCUGACAGGCAAAUGCUGAGGCUCUCCAAGGUGGGGGAGGAAGCAGGCG